UUCAAUCUGUAUAUGUAUUGAAUAACUAGUUUUAAACCUUAGCACGUUAAAUACAGUAAUGUAUUAAAUUUAAAAAAUCGACACAUUACGAAAUAAUUUCAAAAACCAAAGACAUAAACAUGCAAGUUUAUAGAUUGUGUUUAUGUGUAUGUUUUGCUGUAUGUUCGUUAGUUUCUGUCGAAGCGGUAGAAUUUACUCAAUCACUGACCGGAUAUCAUAGCCCUGACGGAUUCAUAAAAUUUUGCGACCAGUAUUGGGACCCGGCCAAAAUUACGCCAAAAAGUCUAGAAAAAUUGUAUCUUUCCAUCCUAGAAAACAAUGGACAAGUGACAGCAUACAAUUACUAUAACGUUAAAAAACUAAUUCACAAUCCAAGCUUUGAUAAAAAGAAGAAAACUUUUAUAUGGGUUGGAUCAUAUUUGGACGUCAGUUCUUUGACUCUCGGAGAAGCAAUGGGCAGACAGUAUCAAAAAGAGGCUAUAAUGUACUUUUUCUGCAUUUUUUGGAAGCACAUUGGAGGAAUUUGUUAACUUCUUCCACUGCUCGCAUAUUGCCUCACAUAGGCAAAUAUGCAGGUCGAAUGCUGGCUAACCUAACAUCAGUUGGUCUGGAACCGAAGAAUUUUCAUCUAGUCGGUUACGGCACGGGCGGACAGCUCAUGAGCUUUGUAGCGAAGAGAUAUCGAGAGUACACCGGGAGAAACAUGUCCUUGCUGGUAGGCCUCGAUCCAGCCGGACCAUGCUUUAGAACCAAAGGACCGGAAGGGAGAUUGGACCCAUCUGACGCAGAUUUCGUCCUCAGUGUAGCUACAAACAUAGAUGGUCAUGGCUUAGCAACUCCUGUCGGACACGCGACCUUCUACGUCAAUGGAGGAGAAUACCAAUACUUCGACCUAUGGAUGGUUCCGUGUGAUCUCGUCUGCAGUCAUGUCAGAUCAGUAGUCUACUGGAUCACAAUGUUGAUGAAUCCUGGUAAUAGGUAUAUAGGAAUCAAAUGUGACUCCAUACAACAAGCGAGGGAACAUCGGUGUUAUGAAAGAGUGCCUGUGGAAACAAACACUAUGGACUUGAAAGUAGAUAAGACCAAACCUGGUAUUUAUUACGUGGCUACGUUACAUAGAUAUCCUUAUGCCAUAGGUAAAGACGGCAUAAAAAGGAAGGAUAAUCCUAUGUUGAGAACGCACGAAAUGAUCAAUGGUGCUGAGGUAAUGAGAGUUGAUGGAUUAUGAUACAUCACUGACACAGUAAUGAUUAUAAGGAUACUCAAAAAUGUACUAGCAAUCAUUAUAUAUUACACAAGUAUGAAUAAUAAAUCUUAAUUUAAAAGUUGAUAUCAACUAUAAAGUACGCGUUUUUCAAUUGUGUACAGUACAAUAAAGAUCCUGUGUUUAUUUAAAUAAGUAUUUUAUUUAUCUGGUGAAUCUGAACUGAUUAGUACAUUGCAUUUGUUUAAGUGCAUUGCAUUUUUUUUAAUUUUCGAAACCCAAUAAAAAAGU